AUGAUAGAUCCUUUGGCAUAUCCCCUACCUUUUACACCGUCCGAACAUCCAUGGAAACCCUUGAAAGGGCAAUGGAAAAAGUUACCAGUUGCGUCUUCAGUGGGAGGUGAAGGAGUGACGGUCAAAGAAAGCAGGGGAGGCCAAGCACAAUGCUCAAGGAUUUUCCUUAGUUAUAGCUUAUUUGAAGCUAAGCCAAAUGGGUGGGAGGUGUACCUCACACGGAAGGACAUAGUAGUACAGGCUUCUAAUUUUAAGAAUAUUUUGGUGGGAUGUAUUUCCGGUGGUGGCGGUGCUAGUAGUGGUGGUUGCGGCAGCAGUUGGGGUAGCAAUGUUGAUGGCUAUGGCGGUGGUGGUGAAGCCAACGAUGGAAGUGGUGCUGGUGGUGGUGGUAGGGGCAGUGUUGUUGGUGGUGGUAAAGACAGUGUCAGUACCUGA